AUGCUUUCAGAUAGUUUCAUCAAUAUAGGAAAUACUCGUGUAGUUAAAAAAUGCGGAACGGAUGGAAGGAAUGUUGCAUGGGUAGACUCACCAUCAAAUGAUCAAUUUACUAUCAACAUCAAGAGUAUACUAGUUGAUGGUGAACAGGUGGAUCUGCCUGCUGAAUUUCAGCAAGUUGUAGAGAAUGGACUCGUGGAAACUCUGGUUGCUGCUAUUCUUGAUAGUGUUGUGUUUGCUGUAAGAGUUGGUUCAAAUGAUUAUGCAGUUCUUGGUAUGUCAUUUAUGACCCGACUUAUAUUGACAUUUGAUUUACAGAAUAAACGCAUUGGAUUUGGUCCUGAAUGUGGAUGCGAAGCCGUGACUGAUGGAUAUCCUACUAUCUCGAACGGUUAUCAAGUGCUCUGGCCAUCAUCACAAUUGCCUGAACGACCAAGUACUUCAAUUCCAGAUCUCGCAUCCACUCUUAGGAGAUCAUUUUCGCGACUUGGCAAUACUCUCCGUGGUACCAAGCGGCUAAAGUUUGGUUACAAGAAAAUUUGA